AUUGGUUUCCAACAACUGUCUUUGCACUUUCUGGAAUUAUUGCCACACACACCACCGAACGUCAAUAUCAUGAAUGCAGAUUUUACAAAACUGGGCAGGCUGACGUCUGAAACCCAACGCAAGAGCUGGGACAUCAUCGUCGUUGGCUCGGGACACAAUGGCUUGACAGCAGCCGCAUACCUCGCCGCCGCCGGUAAAAAAGUUCUUGUCUUGGAGCGCGCUUCCUACCCAGGCGGCGGCGUUGCCAGCCUACACAUGGCCGAGUCUGGAUUCAUCAGCGAGCGUCACAGUGCCAUUCAUCAAAUGAUUCUCGCCAACCCGAUGAUAACGAACGACGAGUUAGGCCUACAAUCCCGCUAUGGUCUAAAAUACAUACAACUGGAUCCAUGCUACGCCAUCGUCAUGCGCGACAGGGUCCUUCCCAUUUACCGGGAGCGUCAUCGCACAAUUGAGGCCAUCAAGCAGUUCUCAACACAAGACGCCGAGUCCUACAACAAAUUCGUUGGAUUGAGCCGCCAGAUCACGGAGCUUCUGAUGCCGUCCAUGUUUGAACCGCCUCGCGACAUUUCUGCCGAGAUCGCGAGCAGUCCGCUUGCCGAGGAGAUCGCAAUUGGCUCUGCCAGCUCUUCGUUGGAACUGAUCCAGAGAUUUUUCAAGAACGAGAUUUUGCAAGUUGCACUUUUGCGAUUUGUUACUGAGAUCCAACUGGCUCAUCCUCAGACCAAGGGCACUGGGUUGAUGGUCUAUCUCGCUUUUGGUCUCUUGGACAUAUAUGGCUUGUGCGUGCCCGAGGGAGCCGGUUCUGCGUUUACCAACUCCGUCAUUCGUUGUAUCAAAGACCAUGGAGGCGAGAUCAAGCUUGAAACUGAGGUAGUCAAAGUAGUCACGGAGGGAGGGCGUGCGGUAGGAGUCCGUACUCGUUUCGGGGAGCUGAGAGCGAAGGAGGCCGUCAUAGGACAGAUCCAUCCGCAUAACCUUGCUCAUCUGGUCGAUGGAUUGGACCAAUCCAUUUCAAACUCGGCUAUCGAUACACGCGUCUCCGAAUUCAGUCUUUUCGCCAUACAUGCAGCCCUUGAUCGCCCGCUGAAAUUCAAGGCUGGGCCCAUCGCCGAUCAAGCAGUCAUGAACACCUGCUGCCCCGGGAACCUCAAGGACCUACUUCAAAGUUACGAUGAGAUGGCUAAGGGUUUCCUCCCUGCCAACAUUAUGAUCGGAGCUUCGUGUGUCAGCUCAGCCGAUCCCACACGUUGUCCUCCGGGGAAAUCAUUGCUGCACUGUGUCGUCAUGUGCAAAGCGGAACCAGCAGACGGAGGCUGGAAUGCUUGGGACAAGCUUAAAGAUGACUGGGCGCAGAGAGUAUUCGCCUAAUUUUCCAAGUACCUCGACAAUU